UUUGACUCGGCAUGCCUCAAGGAAUCUAACAAUAGCACUUUUAUAAUUUCAUUCUUUGCAAUUUUAAUAUAACGGCAAUAGAGUUUUUUGUUCAGAAGGAAAUGUAAUGUUCUUCUCCUAUGGUGUUUUCGAGUCAAUCAGAAUAACGCUCGCGGAGAUAUUUGCGCGUUUGUUAAAGCUGCAGUCCGGCGUUUUCACUCUUUGUCGCCAUCUCUGUUCGAAAUCUGCAAUUGCAGCUAUUCGCGGAAUAAUCAACUUUACGUGGGUUGUACAUCGGCACAAAACAGCGCGGAUGAACACAAUGUAUGAAGUGAACCUGUCAAUCACCGCGUCGCUGUGGAUACUAUCAUCCGCAAUCACGGAGUAUACUUUUUGAAAAUUAUAACCAGAAUAAGAAUUUUCAUCGGAAAAUGUCAUCUGAACAAGUAAGUAACAUCCACUUUUGUUCUUACCAACUAAGGAGGAAAAAAGCAUUGCAGUAAAUCACGCUGAUUAAAUCAAACGAUUGCAUAUCAUAUCACGUCAAACCGGGCAAAAUAUAUAUUGUUCUCAAAUUGCUAACGUUUGUUAACAUCAUUAUUGCGUGACUACAUUGAAUGUAUAUUAGAGCUACCUGUAGUUCAGUUUCCAUUUCUGUGCAGUUUAAUUUCUAAUGGUCAUAACAAAUUAAUGUUCCUUAUAACUGGUUCUAUUUGAAAUAAAACACAUGUAUCUGUAAUCAGUGGCCGGUUGCAUAAACAUAGCCGUGACAUUAAGACUGCGUCUUAAGAAUGAUUCUGACUAACUAGCAAUUAGUUAGAGCUAAUCAGUCUUAUUAUUUGGAUUUAAAUUAGACCAAUCUACCUUUCUAUGUAACAUACUUAAAACAGUUAUGAUCAGUCUUGAAGAAAAAAAUUAAUGACUAACUUUAAAGACUAGACUACUAUUUAAAACUGUAAUAUAAUCUAAUUUUAGUCACAUACAUGUCAUUACCAUCAUGCACUGAAACUUCUUUUGCAGGACACAAGCUUUGACCCAGAAAUAUCUGAUGAUGAUGAUGAUGAUGUGGGCAGUGGAAGAGGGAGAGCGAGAGGGAGAGGCAGAGGGAGAGGCAGAGGGAGAGGAAGAGGCAGAGGGAGAGGAAGAGGGAGAGGAAGAGGGAGAGGAAGAGGCCUGGUUUCAGAAGAUGAUGCAAUGAGAGCUGCAGACCUGUCACAGCAGAGGUUAACAGAGAUACAGUCUGCAGUGAAUGACCUAGACUUCAGUCAAAGGGGAGAGAUCCUUCAAGAGGUUUUAGUACAGCAUCCUGCAAUAUUGUUUGACGUUUUAGCCCAUGCUACCCAAGCAACAAACCUUCCUUCAGCAUCAUCACUACACUGGUGUACCUGCAACAACUGCAGAGAGAUGCCCACAGACCUGGAAAGAAAAUGUUGUGGCCAGCGACCAGAGAGGUGUAUAAGCAGGACAGCUACAUUUGAACUUCUGUGUCUCAAUCCAGCAGUUUUGAGGUUGGUCAGGGACACACGUAAUGAUAUUCUGGCCUUGGAAGACUCGGCUGAACCAGGCACAGACAAUCGAGAAUCUCGAUAUGCUGCAUACAGGCAGUAUGUAGUUUGGCAGUAUGGUGCGUUAGGUAGGGGCCAUAGAGUGGUCAUACCAAGUUGUUGUGUUUGGUGUAUUAGAGAGAAAUAUCCUGAUCCUCAAGGCCAAUACACAGGAUUUAUACCAAAUAGGCUGUAGCACAUUACUUUUAUUUAUUUUUAGUUACAUUUCUUUUGACCUAAUAAAUAAUACAUAAUAAUAUUGCACUAUAAAGAUAUUCGAAUAUGCAUUUAUACUUUAAAAAUUCAAUGCCCUACCUCAUUUAAAAUAAUAAUAAUAAUGCAAGAUAUACAUUUAGUGUUACUGUAUUAGUGUAUAUUGUUUUGGUGCAAUAUCAUUUGUUAUAAGCAUCAUUUCGUGCAGUUUAUUCUUUAAAUAUCAUUCAAUUCAUUGUCUGUUACAAGUUAUUAGAAUACGAAAAUUGUUCUUUUUUGUAUUUAGUAUUCUCUUUUUUUUGUUACAGGAUUGCAACUAUAGUUGCCAAUGUGUACUAGUUUACAUAUUUCAGGAGGCUACAAUAAAGAAUUAAAGAAA